AUGAAUAGGAUCACCGUUGUGAUCGCUAUUGUCGAAGCUGUGUACACGUUUCCUGUAUGGAAUCCCGCGGAUGGAGUUGGACCUGUAAUUCCACAACAGCUCGGAGCUACAGGAGAAAGUAAUGGCAAUCCAGGUGGCCUGCAAGUGGGACCAGGACCUGUCAUAAUUCCAGAAGGUAAGCAUGUCAUGAGAUUCAUCGGAGAAAGUAAUGGCAAUCCAGGUGGCCUGCAAGUGGGACCAGGACCUGUCAUAAUUCCAGGUAAGCAUGUCAUGAGAUUCAUCGGAGAAAGUAAUGGCAAUCCAGGUGGCCUGCAAGUGGGACCAGGACCUGUCAUAAUUCCAGGUAAGCAUGUCAUGAGAUUCAUCGGAGAAAGUAAUGGCAAUCCAGGUGGCCUGCAAGUGGGACCAGGACCUGUCAUAAUUCCAGGUAAGCAUGUCAUGAGAUUCAUCGGAGAAAGUAAUGGCAAUCCAGGUGGCCUGCAAGUGGGACCAGGACCUGUCAUAAUUCCAGGAGAAAGUAAUGGCAAUCCAGGUGGCCUGCAAGUGGGACCAGGACCUGUCAUAAUUCCAGGUAAGCAUGUCAUGAGAUUCAUCGGUACGAUCUACAGUUGUGUUACAGAGAAAGUAAUGGCCUGGCAAGUGGGACCAGGACCUGUCAUAAUUCCAGGUAAGCAUGUCAUGAGAUUCAUCGGAGAAAGUAAUGGCAAUCCAGGUGGCCUGCAAGUGGGACCAGGACCUGUCAUAAUUCCAGAAGGUAAGCAUGUCAUGAGAUUCAUCGGACAAAGCAGUAGCAGUCCAGAUGGGCUGGAGAUGGGAGCAGGACCUGUUAUAUUUUCAGAAGGAGCGUCCCUCACGAGUGUGUUGAGUAAUACAGUGCAAGUUGAGCCAGAAACAGCCGUGGUGGAAGAACAUGUGCAAGAAACAUUACCAGGUAGUCCACUGAAACAAAGCGUCGCCAUCCAACAAACCAUUCAAUAA